AAUGCCUAUCUUUUGUUUCUCCUUUUGUUAUUUUUUUAUUUGGUAGAAAAAUGCUAACCCCAUACCAUAUCUCGCCUAGCCUUCACUUUUCACCCUGCUUCAUCAUUGAUUGAUAGAGGCUAAAUUCUAACUGAUAGAGAUUAGAGAGUAAGCUUGCAGAUUACAGGGGAUAUUCAUGCUCUAAGCCCCAUUACUCUGUCUGUUCAACAUAGCACAUGAUAUUCACGCACUCUCCCUUCAGUUUACGGUGAAAUUUUUUGCCCUCAUAGUCUAUAUCCCAAAUCGCCAUAACGUUUCAAAGCUUGUAAAAUUGCACGCCCACCCAGCACUUCUCAUGUGGUGUUGCUUCAAAUCAAAACGUCUUGGGGCCCUAUAAACCAAACCCUUUCGCAUCGUCCGGCAUGGUAUAGACAUUUUAUGGAGAGUGAGUCUUCAAAAAGAGAGAUGAAGCAGUGUAAAAUCACCAUCUUUGUAAAAAAUCUUUCAUUACGCAUUAGAAGAGAGGCAAAUGAAAGUUAUUUUCACCUCACCACCACCUUCAUACUCUCUCUGUGGAUGGUACUUUUUGUGGUCAUUUUAGUAUUCUUUUUUCAUUAUCACAAGAAAAAGUACAUAAUCUCAAAGGACUCUAAUUACUUCUCUCAGCUUAAUGCUUUUCAAGACAGCUUUCCUUUGUCUUCUAAUUUGCUGCCAUUUAAUAUUUCGAAUCGGAGAUCAAUGCAGAGAUGUCGGGAAGCUCCCAAAGAGCUAUGGCAUUCCAUGAGUGAUAAAGAGCUAUUUUGGCAAGUCUCAAGGGUUCCAGAUUUCCACAAGUGCCAGUAUAACAGAACACCAAAGGUGGCAUUCAUGUUCUUAACCAGGGGAAGACUGCCCUUGGCACCACUCUGGGAGAGGUUCUUCAAGGGAUAUGAAGGCCUCUAUUCUAUAUAUCUCCAUACAUCACCAGAAUUCAUCCAUGAGCCACCCGAAUCCUCUGUUUUCUACAAGCGUCGGAUACCAAGCAAGCCAGUUGAAUGGGGAAAGAAUACAAUGAUUGAUGCAGAGAGACGCCUAUUAGCAAAUGCUCUACUAGAUGUUUCCAAUGAGAGAUUUGUAUUGUUAUCUGAAACAUGCAUUCCUCUAUUUAACUUCACCACAGUCUACAACUACCUUGUACACUCUAAGUACAGCUUCCUCAGCUCAUUUGAUGACCCAAGAAAAACUGGCCGUGGCCGGUACAACAAAAGGAUGUGGCCAAUAGUGUCAUUGUCCGAUUGGCGCAAGGGCUCCCAGUGGUUUGAGGUUCACCGGAAGCUCGCCUUAGAGAUAGUAUCCGACGAGACAUAUUACCCCAUCUUUAAGGAACAUUGCAGGCCUCCUUGUUACAUGGAUGAGCACUAUUUGGUAACUCUAGUGACUAAGAUUUCACCUGACAUGACCUCUAAUAGUAGCAUCACAUGGGUGGAUUGGUCCAGAGGUGGCCCACAUCCUACAAUGUUUGUAAGAAAUGAUAUCUCGGAAGCCCUUUUCAAUCGGAUAAAGCAUGGAUUCAAUUGUAUUUACAAUGACCGAAUAAGUUCGGUUUGCUUCCUUUUUGCAAGGAAAUUUCAUCCAAGCACACUAGAGCCUUUGCUUAGGAUGGCUCAGGAUUUGCUUGGUUUUUAACACCUAAAGUUGAUGUUCAAUGAUUGGCCAUGUUGCUACUUCAGCAUACAAAAUUCAUAAGAAACAAGGAAAACUGAAAGAAAAUUAUUUGUUUUAUUGGGUUCCUAGCAUUUAGCAAUAAUAAUCA